AAGGCACGACUGAUUGGACAUGCUAAGCUGUCAAAACUUGGAGACGUAGAUCUCCCCCGCACCACCUAAAUGCUUACGUCGGUGGUAAUGGCUAACGCCAAGCCAAUUCGAGGUCUAGUCGCGAGUUCAGGGGCAAGAUACACCCAUUGCGUAUCAAUCUCUAGCCGUCUAUCUCCGAGUAAAGCAACUAGCUAGGAUGGUUGCAAUCCGGGCAAUUCAGAUAUUUCUCGACGGUAGUCCAGACCGCCAAUAGCCAUUACGUCGCCUAGACACUUCUGGCUCUUUCAGAAAACAAACUUUGCCUACUUUUCCGGACCACAGUAUACCUCCAUGUCAUGGUUCUUAGUUACAAAAUUGCAGGUUCAUCUAGUUGCUCUCCAAAUGGAAUGUGUUUAUGUAGAAGUGUCGGAUUCUGACACUCGCUCCAGAAGCCUGGAUGAGACUCAACAUACUCUCCACCUGCAUUGAAAGCCUUGUGUUUCUCCCGCUUUUACACCUGCCUAGAGGGGAUAAAUUCUACCAGCAUGAACCCCACUUGGCCUUGUGGCUCUCUCUCAAUGUGAGGGGUCAAUGUCCGAAGCAACACUACGUAGCAAAUAUCGAUAGCAGAUAAAAUACCCGCCCCCACAAGGUCUCCCCACAGUCAUCCAUUUCCCCCCAGAUUCCUCCAGUUCCUCAGUAAUCAGAUUUGACAUCUCUCGUCUUAACUCACAACAAUUGAGUAUUGUCAGUACCAACCAUGUCGUCCGGCCAUAUCGAAAAUGCGCAUACCACUGGCUAUGACGCUGAAAGAUUGCACACGCAUGACAUGGAAAUAGGGGUUACAGAUGCUGUACAAAGACAUGUUCAGCGCAAUGUUGUGCCACCUAAACCAGUGUCUCAACGCAAACUCGAUUUCGAACAUGCUCGGCCAAGGUGGAUGAGAGAGAUGGCUGCAGAAGCUCUCGGGGUGUUUUUCUAUGUCUACCCAGGAAUAGCCUCGCAAGCCUCAUUCUUCCUCAAUAAGACGGAGCCUGUAUUCGGUUCCUUAUUCCAAAUUGGUUGGGCCUAUGCAAUUGGAAUUGCUUUUGCUAUCAUUGUCUGUGGUCCAACAUCGGGUGGUCAUUUCAAUCCAGCUAUCACGAUAUGCUUUGCUAUAUGGCAAGGAUUUCCCUGGCCCAAGGUCCCGAGAUACAUUUUUGCUCAAAUCCUCGGCUCCUUCAUUGCCGGUCUUGUUUUGGUUGGACAAUACUGGCCAGAAAUAUCAGCCCUUGCCGCCCAGUUCAGGGCUGAAGGACUGAGCCCGAACUCGCUCGGAGGGCCUGGCAGCAUACUUUGCAGUUUUCCGGCACCAACGCAAACCAACUACGGGUACCUGUUCUUCAUAGAAUUCUUUGUCGAUAGCUUUAUUGGAAUUGUAAUUUGGGCUGUCCUAGAUCCAGCUAAUCCUUUUAUUUCACCUACAUCUGCACCAUUCAUCAUCGGCUUAGCCUACGCCAACAUGAUUUGGGGGUUUGCUAACGUAACAAUUUCAACCAACCUGGCUCGUGAUAUCGGAACACGAAUCGUUGCAGCCAUUUUUUUCGGAGGAGAUGCAUUCGGAAACUACUCGGUGAUUGCAAUUCUUGUGAACGUACCUGCCACGCUAUUUGCAACUGUGGUCUACGAGAUCAUACUGAGAGACAGCUUUGCCAUAAUCGCCCAAGGUCAUGCACGACAUGAGGAUGGAGAGGAGGGUCUUGCUCGGCAUUUGACGAAGACGGGAACAUUGGAGCAGGGUUCUGCCGGAAAUAUUAUUCGAGGUCAACACACAAGCAGUGAUGAGAGUUAUCACCAAAAGCAAGACACUUCACCUGUGUAG